GUGCUCCACCACAGUGUGCUCCACCGCAGUGUGCUCCACCACAGGCUGCUCCACCACAGUGUGCUCCACCACAGGCUGCUCCACCACAGUGUGCUCCACCACAGGCUGCUUCAGGUAGGAGAGAUCGCUCCAAGAAACUCCCUGGAGGUGCCAAGCAAAGCUGCCAUGUCGGUGACUGUUCAUGAGAAUCGUAAAUCACGCACCAGCACAGGAUCCAUGAACAUCUCAUUGUUCCACAAGCCUUCACAUCCAGACAGCGUCCUGACCCACCUGAACACUAUGAGGAAGCAGUGCAUGUUCACUGAUGUCACUCUGUGGGCCGGGGAUCGCUCCUUCCCAUGCCACAGGGCUGUCUUGGCAGCGUGCAGUCGUUAUUUUGAGGCGAUGUUCAGUGGAGGGCUUCGUGAAAGUCUGGACAGUGAUGUCAAUUUCAGAGACAGCAUACACCCUGAGGUAUUGGAGCUUCUGCUGGACUUUGCCUAUUCUUCACGAGUCAUCAUAAAUGAGGAGAAUGCUGAGUCGUUGUUAGAGGCGGGUGACAUGUUACAGUUUCACGACAUCCGGGACGCAGCAGCAGAGUUUUUAGAAAAAAACCUGCACUCCUCCAACUGCCUGGGGAUGAUGCUGCUAUCCGACGCCCAUCAGUGUAAAAGGCUGUAUGAGCUGUCCUGGAGGAUGUGUCUGUUACACUAUGAGACGGUAAGAGAAUCAGAGGAUUUCUAUAACCUGUCUAAAGAUAAACUGCUGGAGCUGAUUCUUAGUGAUGAGCUGGAGAUAGAAGAUGAACAGGUUGUGUUUAACUCUGUGAUGCGAUGGGUUCGAUAUGACUUGGAGGGUCGGCGUCACCAUUUACCAGAGCUGCUGAGGGGAAUCAGGUUGGCCCUGCUGCCAUCUGAAUGUCUGCUGGAGGCUGUAGCCUGUGAAGAGCUGGUCAUGGCCGACAAGAGGAGCCGGUCAAUAGUAGAGGAGGCAAUGCAGUGUAAGAAGAGAAUCCUUCAGAAUGGUGGAGUGACUAGUCCCUGUGCUCGACCACGAAAGCAGGACACCACUGCUAUCCUGGGAGGCCAGACCUUCAUGUGUGACAAGAUAUACCAGGUUGACCACAAAGCCAAGGAGAUCAUACCUAAAGCAGACCUCCCCAGCCCCAGGAAAGAGUUCAGUGCAUGUGCCAUCGGGUGUAAGGUUUACGUGACAGGAGGAAGAGGAUCGGAGAACGGAGUCAAAGACGUCUGGAUCUAUGACACCGUCCAUGAAGAGUGGUCUAAAGGAGCACCAAUGCUAAUAGCAAGGUUUGGCCAUGGUUCUGCUGAGUUGGAGAAUAGUCUCUAUGUGGUUGGAGGUCAUACAGCCAUAGCUGGUGUUUUUCCUGCUUCACCAUCUGUCUCCCUCAAACAGGUGGAGCGGUAUGACCCUCUCAGUAAUAAAUGGACUAUGAUGGCCCCUCUAAGAGACGGGGUCAGUAAUGCAGCCGUGGUCAGUGCCAAACUCAGACUGUUUGUUUUUGGAGGGACUACCAUACACAGAGACAAGGCGUCCAAGGUCCAAUGGUAUGACCCCGUGGGUAACCGCUGGAACAUUGCGGCUGAAUGCCCUCAGCCUUGGCGCUACACAGCAGCUGCUGUCUUAGGGAGCCAGAUCUUCAUCAUGGGUGGUGACACUGAAUUCACCGCUGCCUCAGCUUAUCGCUUUGACUGUGAAACCAAUCAGUGGACUCGUGUGGGCGACAUGACGUCCAAACGGAUGAGCUGUCACGCUGUGGCCUCAGGAAAUAAGCUGUAUGUGGUAGGAGGUUAUUUUGGGACUCAGCGGUGUAAAACGUUGGACUGUUACGACCCCACGUCGGAUAGUUGGAACUCCAUCACUACUGUGCCUUAUUCACUGAUCCCCACCGCCUUUGUCAGCACAUGGAAGCACCUACCUGCUUAACUGGGAGACGCCAGGAGCCAGUCAUUCCAGGUGUUGACGAGAGAACAGCGGGCUGAAGGAGAAUCUCUGAGACUCCACCCUGCAGUCAGCAGCUCCUUCCAAAAAACAAGCUGCAUCUCACAGACUUGUAAAAAGUCCUGAGCGGCGGCCUUAACAAGCCAACAGCACAGCACCCAGGUCUUAACACACACAGAGAGAAAUUCUCUCCACCUGAUGCUCCCUGAAUAAUGUGAUCUUCUCAAACAGACACUUUGAACCUGAUGGACGGAUGCUUUUGAUGACCAAUUGCUCACACAAACUGUUUUUUUUGUUUGUGUGUGUGUGCUUCUUUAAUGUCUUAUUAAUCAUGAAAUUCACUACUAAAUUCAUUCCAGUGUAACGACUGAUAAGCUGUAAUCAUCAUCAGAUGACGCUUGUAUGAGCAGGACUGUGCUUCCUGUGAACCUAAAUCCACUGCUGUGUCUCAAUUCGGGCACUUCUAUGUAGUACACUGUGUACUUCCUGGUGUAGUGCACUGAUUUCGUCAGGGCAACGCCGUCUCAAUUUGAGUACGGCCAUUGGAAAUGACGAUCAAACAUGUUAUCGCUUCUCCUUCUUUGCCAAAUUUCUGCCUUGCACAGCAUUAGCGCCAAAAUUUGACUUUUAGAAUCAAAAUCUAAAACGUAUGUACAACUUCCGUGUGUACAUUGUGGUAUUCAACGCAACCUCUUCAGCAGCUUCCUCGGCCACUAUUUGCACCAUUAUGGUGGUCCCUCCCUGCUACGUAGCCAAAAUGGAGACCACUGAGGGCAACAAGUGUCCCGGUAUUUGACCAUCACGAGUGAACUGACUUUUCACAGACAUGGACUCAGAGUAACAAGUGCAAGUCUCUUUCAGGUUACACACACACACACACACAUUAUAUUUACUAGUAUUACUAGUAUUUCUAGCACCUCUGCACAAAUACAGUGUUAAUGAACUGGAGCUGAGAGUUUUAGGUCCCAUCAAAAGAGAAUUUAAACUGCCAUCAUCAACAUGAAGCGUAAUGAUGUUGUUUUUUACAGGUUGGUGGACUGAGGCACUCUGUUCUCAGGGAUGCUGAGGGUGUUUGUAGCUCUAGGUUUUAUAUGUGUUGUGUUUCUACACACACACACACACACACACACACACACACACACACACACACACACACACACACACACACGGCAUCAAUCAGAUGAAAUGAUGCUGUCACAUUGAAGCUAACAUGAACAGAAAUUUGUGUCCACCUGACCAACGUUGGUGUUUACUCUUCAGUCAUCCGGAGCCCAGCAGACAUUUUCAAAACACAAAUUCAACAUGAGGACACUCUCAGAAAUAAACACUUGAGUGAUACUGAUGACAUCAUGCAUCAUAAGAUGAAGGAUGGAAUAAAUAACACAACCCUUGUUUGACCGCUCACGUCAACAGUAUUGGUGUAAACGAAGAACAAAUGUUUGUUCUUUAUUAUUAAUUCCAACGGGUACCAUGAGAUGACAUGCUAGUUUGCUGUAGCGUGAAGGCCCAUGGUAAGACUGUCACAGUGUUACCUUCAUGUUAUUUUUGGGUGAUGAGCUUGGAUCUGAUAAUGGACCAAAUAUCUCUUAUCUCAUGUUGAGAUGCAGUGUCAGAUCUCUGCUGGUGCCUGGUGGAGCCUCAGUGGACAAAGACCUUUGAAAUCACAACACUUACUUUGUACUUCACCUUUGCUGAGUGCAAGAGACUUUUACUGAGCUUUAAAAUGACGUGUUUCAUUACAUGUACACAACAUAGAAGCAUUAGGAAACUUGUGAGAGCAUGAUCUGUGAAUUUAGUUCAAAGGCACAUACAUACACAUACAUACACACUGCCAUACAUACAUGUAUGUCAGUUGAACAUCUCAAGUUGCACAUGCACUCCUUUUUGUAUUUCCAGUAGCAUGUUUUAGUGUUGAAGAAACCCAUGGAACUGAAACAGUAGCACUAAAGCAGUGACACCGGGCGUCUUUUAUUUCAGACAUGCUGUUUAUAGGACAGGUGUCGGAAGCACAGAGCAGUGUUGUGUCCUGCAGAAACCAUCAUCACUGCCAAAGUGCUGCUUGAAGAAGACGCUGUAGCUCUGUAACACCUAUGCAUUAUCUUUUUAUCAAUGCAUUCAUUAGCAGAGGUGUGACAUAUUAAGUGUGAAAUAUUUUCUACAUGCUGGAGAUGACGGCUGUCAUGGAUGGACGUGGUUUCUGCAGGACACAGAUCAUCAUGGUCAAUGUGUUGUAUCGUCUCUGUGGUGCUGUGCAGUCUUUUACAUGUGUCCCUGCCAUGAGGAGACUCCAGAUUAUCAAGUCGAGUCAUUUUAAUUAUGUAACAUAAAAUCACAGUUUGCCUCCGAGUGCAGUGAGGAUAAACUCCCCUAACACCCUUCAAUGUGGGAAACAAACCUCAGGAAGAUCCACAGAGGAGAGAUCCCACUGUAAGGACAGCACACACACAACAUGCCGGCCAAAGCAGAACAACAAAAUCACACACACAUUUGAAUGACAAACCUUCUGCUACAUGUUGAUUCUAACACUGUAGAAAUGUCUGAGUUUAGUUUGACUUUUGGCUUUCUGAGUUUCUGGAGUUGGAUUUCAGCUACUGCACAGAAAUGUUCCUAAAUACAGUAAAUACAGUAAAUACAGCUGUUCUUUGGAUGAAGUCAACAAGGUGUUUUUGAAAUAACUGAGGAUUUUUGAAAUGAUUUUGAAAAACUAAAGGAGCUUCUUUGUGGAAAGAUGUUAGAUAUUGUAUGUUUAUACUGGUGAUAAUAAACACUGAAUCACUUUU